AUGCCCAGACAAUGCAAUCUAUCAUUUGAUAAAUUUAUAUAUAAUCCACUGCUUCUUCGGAAUCUUCUAUUUCUCUCUAUCUAUCUAUCUAUCUAUCACACACACUUCUAUCUUUUACAAAUAUCUAUCUAUCAAAUAUCUGUCAUCUAUCGCUACAUAUCUUGUCUGUUUCUAUUUCUAUCUAUCUAUCUAUCUAUCUAUGUAUCUAUCUAUCUAAUCUUCUUCUAUCUUGAGAUAAAUUAUCUAUCGCCCUUUUUAAUUUAUCGCAUGCGUUUCUUAAUAUCUAUCUAUCUAUCGCCCCAUCUGUCAUUCCGCCAGAUCUAUCUUAGUCUGUUAUCUAUCUAUCUAUCUAUCUUCUAUGUAUCUAUCUAUCUAAGUCUUCUUCAUCUUGCUACGAAUCUUUCUAAAAACCCCAUUUGGGAUUUCUACCUAUCUAUCUAUCUAUCUUUUUUCUAUCUUGCUAGAUAUCUAUCAUCCCCCCAUCAAGUCUAUCUAUCGAGAAUCUUAUCUGAAAUCUAUCUAUCUAUCUAUGUAUCUAAUCUAUUGAUUUUCUUAUCAACGAACCUAUGCCGGUUCAUCUAUCGGAUUCUGUCCAUCUCUCUAUUCUAUCUAUCUAGUCUUCUAUCUAUCUAUCUAUCUAUCUAUAUCUCUAUCUUCUAUCUUGCUUCGAUCUAUCUCAGUCUGUUUCUAUCUAUCUAUCUAUCUAUCUAUCUAUCUAUCUAUCUAUCUAUCUUCUUCUAUCUUGCUAGAUAUCUAUCUUAUCUAUCGCCCUAUCUGUCUAUCAAUCUUCUUCGAUCUAUCUUAGUCUGUUUCUAUCUAUCUAUCUAUCUAUCUAUCUAUCUAUCUAAGUCUUCUUCUAUCUUGCUAGAUAUCUAUCUAUCUAUCGCCCUAUCUGUCUAUCUAUCGCUACUUCGAUCUAUCUUAGUCUGUUUCUAUCUAUCUAUCUAUCUAUCUAUCUAUCUAUCUUCUUCUAUCUUAUAUCUAUCUAUCUAUCGCCCUAUCUUAGUCUAUCGCUUCUUCGAUCUAUCUUAUCUGUUUCUAUCUAUCUAUCUAUCUAUCUAUCUAUCUAAGUCUUCUUCUAUCUUGCUAGAUAUCUAUCUAUCUAUCGCCCUAUCUGUCUAUCUAUCGCUACUUCGAUCUAUCUUAGUCUGUUUCUAUCUAUCUAUCUAUCUAUCUAUCUAUCUAUCUAUCUAUCUAUCUAUCUAUCUAUGUAUCUAUCUAUCUAAGUCUUCUUCUAUCUUGCUAGAUAUCUAUCUAUCUAUCGCCCUAUCUGUCUAUCUAUCGCUACUUCGAUCUAUCUUAGUCUGUUUCUAUCUAUCUAUCUAUGUAUGUAUCUAUCUAUCUAAGUCUUCUUCUAUCUUGCUAGAUAUCUAUCUAUCUAUCGCCCUAUCUGUCUAUCUAUCGCUACUUCGAUCUAUCUUAGUCUGUUUCUAUCUAUCUAUCUAUCUAUCUAUCUAUCUAUCUAUCUAUCUAUCUAAGUCUUCUUCUAUCUUGCUAGAUAUCUAUCUAUCUAUCGCCCUAUCUGUCUAUCUAUCGCUACAUCGAUCGAUUUCAAUCACUUGCUUUCUACCUAUCUAUCUCAAUUUCUUCCUAUCUGUUUCUAUCUAUCUAUCUAUCUAUCUAUCUAUCUAUCUAUAUAUAUAUAUAUAUAUAUCUGUCUGUCUGUCUGUUUUUAUCUAUCUGUUUCUAUCUAUCUGCAUGUUUCUGUCUAUCUAUCUGUUUCUAUCUAUCAAUUUCAGUUUGUAUCUAUCUCAUUUCACUUUUACUUUCCCCCUCAUUCUCUUUCUCCCUCUAACUUUCUUAAUUUUGCAGUCUUUCUCUUUUCUAACGUUCUCUCUUUCACACACACUCUCUCUCUCUCUUUACUUUUUCCCUAUCGCUUACUCUCUCUCACUUUUUACUUUCACUCUUUUUCACUUUCUGUUUAGUUUGUCUCUUUCUCCCUCUCUCGCUCUUUCUUUCUUACCCUCAAUCUCUCUUUAUUUUCGACCUCUCUCUCUCUCUCUCUCACUUUUACUUUUACAGUCUCUCCUCUCUCUUGAAUUUCUCUAUUUCUCUUUCUCUCUCUCUUUAAUUUCUCCUUUUCGUACUCUCUCACCUUUGACUUUCUUUCCUACUCUCUUUACUUUGUCCUUUUCUCCCUUUCUCGCUCUUUCUUUCAUACUCUCCUUCUCUAUUAUACUCUUUAUACUCUCUCUGUAUUUCUCUCUUUCUCAUUCUUUAUCACUCUACUUUGUUUCUUGCUCAUUUACAUAUAUCUCUUUCUUUCGUUCUUUCUCAUUAAUUCUCUCUUUGCUUUCCCUCUUUCUUAUUCCGUGUCUCUUUAAUUUGUUCAUAUAUCACUCACUCUCUUUCUCUCUGUCUCUCUCUAUUUUCUGUCUUUCUCACUCUUUCUUUACUUUCUCUCUUUCGCCCUCUCUCUUUCUCUCCCUCCCUGUUUAUUAUUUGCAUGCAUUCAUUUAA